AUGGCACAGUUCGAAGAAAAGGCUCUAUUCGGAGGUGCCAUCACCGGCGCUGCGCCGCAAGGAUGGAUUGAUGGGAGCACCGUUCGCGAAAUCCCAGAUCAUCAGGAGCUCUUCCUAUCCUCCACGACUCUGUCAAAUCUCAUCUUUGAAGUCAACGAAUACGUCACCAAACAACAGGCCCUGAGCACAUUGAGCGCCGUGGCAUCACCAGAUCUCGCGCCGCGCACUGGAGGCAUCCAUGCCGAUGCCGAUGCAGAGGGUAUAGCUGCUGCGACUUACCAUCUUCGAGACCUCUGCGACGAAGAGGAUGCGAUAGAUGUGAUCAACGCGCCACGGAGAGUUCAACUCAAGAAACUCACCUCCCCAGCAGCAAAGGAUAAUCACCAUCCGUCGGCAUUCUCGGGUCUGGUGAAGUUCACGACUCCGCGGAAACAGCGGAGAGGGUCGGCACAGCUGCAGCGACAGAAUGUCUCUUUUAUUUCGGUUGAUGCUUCGGGGGGAUCGUCGUCGUCAAUUUCACCAUCUGCUGCUACUGAUAGUAACAAUUCAACACAGAGUUGUCACUUUUUAUUGGUGAGACUGCCGGAGAAGGAGACUGAUUUGCUUGUUUUUGUGAAUGUGCCGCAUGACGAGUUUGAUUUGCAAGGUGAUCCGCGAGCGUUGGCCAAAGAGGAGGAUUUGGCAUGUGGACUGAUACAAAAGUUCGUCGAGGUACUCGAUAUCAAAGACUGGAGUUUGUUUGGCUAA